UUUUGUAUUUGCACACUGUCUCAAUUGUGCAUCAAUUAUACAAUUCACCACUGCUUCGCUCCUCAAUCCUUCCCCCGAACAUCUCAAUGGCUGAUGUAAGAAUGUCUGCCGAUUUGAACCUCUACGGCCCCCUCUCGGGACCCCCCUCCACCACUGAAGAGACCUGGCCGGGCGGGCUUCCUUUCUAUCUUGACAAUACCAUUCCUCAGGACUGUCUUUCUCUUCCUCUGUUCGACGAUAACAACUCAUGGAUGCUCAAUUCCUUCGAGCCGCCGCCCGUGUCUUGGGCUACUGGACCCGCUCUCCGAACCAACUCCACCGCUAGCUCCGAAGCCAGCUUCAUCGCGCCCUGCCAGACCGUACACAAUCCUACCACUACUAGUGAUUACGAGCAAAAAUGCUCCCCGAUGCAGAGUACCAUUCCACAAUUCGCACCGGCACAGAUGCCUCCAGCUCCUAUGCAUGAAAUCACCUCGCGGGGUAGCAUCACGAGCGUUAGCAGCGGUGGCAGUGCCGACAGCAACCAAUCCCGGUUCAGUAUUUCCAGCUACAGCAGCAGUAACGAGAGCCCGACAUAUAGCCGUCGAGGAAGCACCAAUCGACCUCCCUCUCCGGGAUUUGAAGUGAACGAGCGCGAACGACGGAAACGGGAGCGCUUUCUCGAGCGCAACCGCGUGGCCGCCAACAAAUGUCGCAAGAAGAAGAAGGAGCAUGCCAAGCAGCUGGAGAGUCGCUGCGAGACAGUCUCACGGGAGAAUACGCUCCUGGAAAGCCAAGUGGAUCACCUGCGGGGCGAGAUCUUGAACCUUAAGAAUGAGCUGCUGCGACAUUCCCACUGCGGGGAUGAGAGGAUUAAGUGCCAUUUGGCGAAAAUGGUGAAGCAGCUUUCUGAUAAAGCUGGCACGACAACUCAGAGUCCGGAGAAGAAGACGGAGUCAUUACCUCCGACGGAGAGUCCCAAGCAGGAGCAGGAUAUGGCAAUGGAUCUGGAAGAUCUGGUGCAGCUGCCGGCUGCCGCGGAUGGCUUAGUAGCAGAGGGGCAAAAAGAUACCGAGUGAAGGUCUAAUUCAAGCGAUCAUCGACAGAUCUGUACAUGGUGGUCUGCGAUGAUUCGAUUAAUGUCUUAUGAUGAGGCGUUGUGGAUGAUGUUGUUUUAUUAUUUCCCCUUCUGCGUCCCUAUCUUUUAACCCUUUCUAAUGUCUUUUAUCUCUUCCCUUCCCUUCCUCUAUUUUACCUCUCUACCUUUCUCUCUUCGGGACCUUCUAACCUUCUCAACUUACAUAUAUGUACAGUAGUGGAAAAGUACUGUAUUCGAGCUAGAUGAUAGAUACGAUUGAUGAUGGUGGUAGCUAGCAAGCAUGCUUGACGAUGUUCCUGGGUUUAAUGUGGCGAGCGGGUUUUGACGGGG